AUGCCGCCGCUGCCGCCGCCGCAGGCGAACGGGGGGAAGGUGACCCCGAACCUGGCGAUGGACGCCGAGGCCACGCGCAUGCUCAACCUCACAGUCCUCCAGCGCCUGGACCCCGCCGUCGAGGACAUCCUCAUCACCGCCGCGCACGUCACGCUCUACGACUUCAACAUCGACCUCAACCAGUGGAGCCGCAAGGACGUGGAGGGGUCGCUGUUCGUCGUCAAGAGGAACUCCCAGCCGAGGUUCCAGUUCAUUGUCAUGAACAGGCGCAACACUGAUAAUCUGGUGGAGGAUCUAUUAAGCGAUUUUGAAUAUGAACUUCAGCCACCAUAUUUGUUGUACCGAAAUGCUGCCCAAGAAGUAAAUGGUAUUUGGUUUUAUAACCAGCAUGACUGUGAAGCUGUCGCAAGCCUUUUUGGAAGAAUACUGAAUGCUUAUGCAAAAGUGCCUCCAAAACCAAAAGUACCUACCGCAAAAAGUGAGUUUGAAGAACUGGAGGCUGUUCCGACAUCUGCUGCUAUAGAUGCCCCCCUUGAACCUCCGCUGUCAUCCCCUGCUCUAGUUUCUGAUGCACCUGAAGAAUCACUGGUUAAUUACUUCAUCGCUGCUGCUAGCAUUGGGAGUGUAUCAAGUGCACAAAUGGCUGCCAGAGCACAUCCAUCAACUGAGGCCGUCGCAUCUUCCCAUGUGCCGCUGAUUGUUCCAUCUGCUACUCCAACACAUCAAAUACCUCAUCCUUUAGGGGGUUCAUCAGCUCCACCACUUCCCCUCCAUGACACAAAUCUGCAUGCCAGCCAUUCUGCAAAUCUUCAAACACCAGCUUUCUUUGCACCUCCAUCACCUUCUUCAACAUCUGUGGCACCACCGGCUUCAUCCAUGAUGCCUACAGCACCGCCUCUUCAUCCAACUUCAACAGCUGCUCAACGUCCUCCAUAUGGCACUCCCUUACUCCAACCUUUCCCCCCACCGUCUCCACCUCCUUCCCUGACCCCUGCACACAAUGCACUUGUUAUUUCGAGGGAUAAAGUUAAGGAUGCCCUCCAGAGACUUGUUCAGAAUGAUGAGUUCAUCGAUUUGAUAUAUCGUGAGUUGCAAAAUGCGCACAUGUAG